GUAAAACCUUAAAUCAGGUGUCAACUGAAUGUUAUGCGCAUGCAAGCGCUUAAUUGAUUACCCAUAAACCGUUAGUCAACCAACGGACAACAGGAUCUUUCAUGUUUACCUAGCAAGCACACACAAGCGCACACACCCAUCCGUGACAUUUACCAGCAUUAGUAUGCGUAUGUGUGUGUAUUGACCGAAAUACCCCCCAUUUCAACCUUUCCAUUUUCCAUCAUCUCUGUGUGCGGGAAUAAUCAAUACUGCACACAUACUGAGGCAACAGCAGCAGCAACAACAACAACACGGCAUAAUGGUGUGGUCUAGUGAUAAGCAGCAACAGUAGGGCCACAGCCCGCCCCCAUCCCCCGCCUACCGCUCACCGGCAAACGAGCAGGAAUUCCGGCAAACAGGAGCAGCCACAAAUAGCAAUUACCAUCGCACAACUCAAAUUUCCCGUCACUCCUCCAUCAUUCUGACAACGAAGGUGGCAAUAAUGUCACGCGAGGAGCGCAAACCCAUCGUUAGUUCAUCGAGCAGCAGCACCUUCAGCAGCGGCGAUGACGAAGUGCAUCCUGUGGUGCGACGGCGCAGCACCCGGGACACGGAGCUCGCUGCCCACCAGAAGGAUGCCGGUUGCUGUGAUCCGACGAGCACGCCACAUCGAUUCCUGGCCCUGCUCUUUAUGUGCCUCAUGGGUUUUGGUUCCUAUUUUUGCUACGAUAAUCCCGGCGCUUUGCAGGACGUUUUCCAAAAGGAACUGCAACUCAGCUCCACCGAGUUUACGCUGAUUUACUCCAUCUACUCGUGGCCAAAUAUCGUGCUUUGCUUUGUGGGCGGCUUUCUUAUCGACCGGGUGUUUGGCAUCCGCCUGGGCACCAUUAUCUACAUGCUGAUCGUGCUCGUCGGCCAGCUGAUCUUCGCCACCGGCGGAGUCCUGGGCCACUUCUGGUUGAUGAUCGUGGGACGCUUUGUGUUCGGCAUCGGGGCUGAGUCGCUGGCUGUGGCCCAAAACAGCUAUGCGGUGCUUUGGUUCAAGGGCAAGGAGAUAAACAUGGUCUUUGGACUGCAGUUGUCGGUGGCCCGCUUCGGCAGUACCGUCAACUUUUGGAUUAUGCAACCUUUGUAUGGAUACGUCUCGAAAUCCUAUUCUGGCUACAAGGGACUGGGCGUGGCCCUGUUCCUGGCUUCCUCCACGUGCGUUAUGUCCCUGAUUUGCACCCUGAUUCUAGGUUGGAUGGAUAAGCGCGCGGAGAGAAUCCUUAAGCGGAAUAAUAAUCCUGGUGGAGAACUGGCCAAAUUGAGCGAUAUAGUCACCUUCAAGUUGGACUUCUGGAUGGUGUCUGUGGUCUGUGUGGCCUACUACGUUGCCAUCUUUCCCUUCGUGGCUCUAGGCCAGGCCUUCUUCGUGAGCAAAUUCCACAUGACUCCGGAUGAGGCGAACACGGUCAACUCGAUUGUCUACCUGAUCUCUGCCAUUGCAUCGCCUCUGUUUGGAUUUGUGAUUGACAAGGUCGGAAGGAAUGUGACCUGGGUGUUUUGUGCCACUAUCUCCACGCUGCUAGGCCACUUCCUGCUGACCUUUACCCACUUGGAUCCGUACAUCGGAAUGAGCAUAAUGGGACUGUCCUAUUCCAUGUUGGCUGCCAGCCUCUGGCCUCUGGUUUCCUUGAUUGUGCCCGAGUAUCAGCUGGGCACUGCAUAUGGCUUCUGUCAGUCUGUGCAGAAUCUGGGACUAGCGGUGGUGACUAUUGUAGCGGGCAUUAUUGUGGACAGCAGCGGUGGCAGUCACUUCUGGUUGCAGAUUUUCUUCAUGGCCUUCCUGCUGGUCUCCCUGCUGGCCACCUGUGCGAUUUGGGCCUACAACCGCAAGCAUCAGGGUAAUUUGAACAUGUCACCUGCUCAGCGGGCCACAUACCACACAUCGAUCGCGAUGCAGUGCCCCCAAGUGAACAGACGGCCUUUAUUGGGCAACUAUGUGCAAUAGAUCGAUUAUCUGUUACUAACCAAUUACCAAUUGUGAUGCUAAUGCCAUCUCUCUACCCUUGACUUGUUAUGCAACUUGGAGCACAUUCUGCUAACCGCACAAUCGACGUGGUCAUUCGAUCUGUUUAACUCCUAGCCAACAUUCUAUGAUACAUAUCAAACUUUAAACUAUUGUUAUAUUUAUUUUUUGUUGUGUGUGAUAUUAAAUAAAUUUAUGUAAAUGUACAUUAACCAAAUUAAAUAACGAAACCGAUGCGUUUUGGGUGAAAGACGGUGUGUGAGAAAGAUGCAGUAUUUGAUCUUGAUUCCAUUUUAUUUCCUUGCAAAUAUCUUUUUGAAGAAUAAAUGAUUUGUAUUUGUACAAAAUAAAUAAAAUAAAUUAACUAAAGCAUAAACAGAAAUUCAAAGAAUUUGGUGUGGUUUCCGUCUCGUUGCAUUUCCACAUGAAUUUAACAAAAAUAGUAUAAAAAUUUCUAUGAUGCAUAGACUAGAGAAAACAAAAUACAAUUUCAAAUCUUGAAAACUGAUAUUCAGCACAAGUCACAAAAGAAUUAUAAAAUAAUAAUAAAGACAUAGAUGAAUUAAUACAUUUCUUUUUCCGUUUUGAGAAUUAUUUGGUUGGGAGAAACAAAGUUUGCGUAAGGAUGAGAAACAAAUUUCAAACUAAAAAUGUGUCAUUCUCUAUUGAGUUACUAAAAAUGCAUUCCAUUUCAUUUGGGCCAUUAAAGUUAGGGCCGCUUUCGAGGCUUUUCAUUUAGCUGCAUUUUG